AUGCAGGCAGACUACGAACUACACAAGAAGUCGCGCAAGACGCUGAAGAACAUGGGCGACCUCAAGGCGGCCGUCCUGUGCCCUGACAAGGAACAUCUUGACGAGUGGCUCGCUGUACACACGGUGGAUUUCUUCAAUCAUGUGAACAUUUUGUACGGAAGCAUUGGCGAAUUCUGCACUCCCCAGACCUGUCGCAUCAUGACCGCUGGACCCAAAUUCGAAUACCUCUGGGCGGAAGAUGGUUCAAAGAGACCUGUGAAGUUGUCUGCGCCUGAGUACGUGGAGAAGCUCUUCACAUGGAUUCAAGGCCUCAUCGAUGAUGAAAACAUCUUCCCCGUCCAGCCUGACGCUCCCUUCACCAAGAACUUCCGAGACACGAUAAAGCAAGUGCUCAAGCGGUUGUUCAGGGUCUACGCCCACAUGUACUAUCACCAUUUCGACAAGAUCAGGGGCCUCGGCGAGGAGGCGCACAUCAACACCUGCUUCCAGCACUUCUUUUUCUUCGUGGACGAGUUCAAGCUGAUCGACAAGAGGGACAUGCUUCCACUUGAAGAGCUCACCGCCAACCUGUGCCUUAAGAAGUAG